AUGAGAAAGACUUUCGCCAUAGUUCUGGCUCUGCUCAUCGGGACAAAGAGUGCGUGCUCCUUCCAGGACUCCUCUUCUCCUCCACGGGACUCUGAGGGCUGUCUCCUGCCCUCCAUCACUGGACUGUCGCGCACGGCAGCUGUGGCCAGUACCGCGGAUGACGUGCUGGAGUCCAGUCGAGAGGCGCUGUACGUCACGGAGCGCCGGUACCUGCGCUCGGACUGGUGCAAGUCACAGCCGCUGAAGCAGACGCUGCGGGAGGAGGGCUGCGUGUCCCGCACCGUCAUCAACCGCUUCUGCUACGGCCAGUGCAGCUCCUUCUACAUCCCCAGACUCGAGCCUCAAGACGGGGGCGCCUUCCAGUCCUGCUCGGCCUGUAGACCCAGGACCUUCAGCACCGUGUCCUACACCCUGUUCUGCCCGGGACAGACCCCUAACACGCGGCACAAGAGGGUACAGCGCGUCAAGCAGUGCCGCUGUGGGACCACUGCAGACUGA